AUGGCCCUCCUCCUGGUCUCCUUGCUGGCAGUCCUGAGCUUGGCCUCAGGAUGUCAUCAUCGGAUUUGUCACUGCUCUAACAAGGUGCUCCUCUGCCAAGGCAGCCAGGUGACAGAGAUUCCGUCCGACCUCCCCAGGAAUGCGGUUGAACUGAGGUUUGUACUCACCAAACUGCGAGUCAUCCCAAAAGGAGCAUUUUCUGGAUUUGGGGACCUGGAGAAAAUAGAGAUCUCUCAGAAUGAUGCCUUGGAAGUAAUAGGAGCAGAUGUGUUCUCCAACCUGCCCAAGUUACAUGAAAUUAGAAUUGAAAAGGCCAACAACCUGCUGCACAUUGACUCUGAAGCCUUCCAGAACCUUCCCAACCUCCGAUAUCUGUUAAUAUCCAACACAGGUAUUAAGCACUUGCCAGCUGUUCACAAGAUUCAAUCUCUCCAAAAGGUUCUACUAGACAUUCAAGAUAACAUAAACAUCCAUGCCGUUGAAAGAAAUUCUUUCAUGGGACUGAGUUUCGAAAGUAUAAUUCUAUGGCUGAAUAAGAAUGGGAUUCAAGAAAUACACAACUGUGCAUUCAAUGGAACCCAACUAGAUGAGCUCAAUCUCAGUGACAACAAUAAUUUGGAAGAAUUGCCUAAUGAUGUUUUCCAGGGAGCCUCUGCACCAGUCAUUCUAGAUAUUUCAAGAACAGGGAUCCAUUCCCUGCCCAGCUAUGGCUUAGAAAAUCUUAAGAAGCUGAGGGCCAGGUCGACUUACAACUUUAAAAAGCUUCCCAGUUUGGAAAAGUUUGUCACACUCAUGGAGGCCAGCCUUACCUACCCCAGCCACUGCUGUGCCUUUGAGAACUGGAGACGGCAAAUCUCUGAGCUUCAUCCAAUUUGCAACAAAACUAUUUUUAGGCAAAAAGUUGAUGAUAUGGCUCACGCUAUGGGUCAGAGAGUUUCUUUGGAAGAAGACGAUGAGUCCAGUUACGGCACAGGAUCUGACAAGUACAAUGAAUAUGACUAUGAUUUAUGUAAUGAAGUGGUUGACGUGACCUGCUCCCCUAAACCUGAUGCAUUCAACCCAUGUGAAGAUAUCACGGGGUACAACGUCCUCAGGAUCUUGAUAUGGUUUAUUAGCAUCCUGGCCAUCACUGGGAACAUCAUAGUGCUGGUGAUUCUGAGUACCAGCCAAUAUAAACUCACCGUCCCCCGGUUUCUUAUGUGCAACCUGGCCUUUGCUGAUCUGUGCAUGGGCAUCUACCUGCUGCUCAUUGCAUCAGUUGAUAUCCACACCAAAAGCCAGUACCACAACUAUGCCAUUGAUUGGCAAACUGGAGCAGGCUGUGAUGCUGCCGGCUUUUUCACUGUCUUUGCCAGUGAGCUCUCAGUCUACACUCUGACAGCCAUCACCCUGGAAAGAUGGCACACCAUCACCCAUGCCAUGCAGCUGGACUGCAAGAUACAGCUCUGCCAUGCAGUCAAGGUCAUGUUGGUGGGCUGGAUCUUUGCCUUUGCAGUUGCCCUCUUGCCCAUCUUUGGUAUCAGCAGCUACAUGAAGGUGAGCAUCUGCCUGCCCAUGGACAUUGAGAGCCCCUUGUCACAACUCUAUGUCAUGUCUGUCCUUGUGCUCAAUGUCCUGGCCUUUGUUGUCAUCUGUGGCUGCUACACCCACAUCUACCUCACAGUAAGGAACCCCAACAUUGUGUCCUCCUCUAGUGACACCAAGAUUGCCAAGCGCAUGGCCUUGCUCAUCUUCACAGACUUCCUCUGCAUGGCACCCAUCUCCUUCUUUGCCAUCUCUGCCUCCCUGAAUGUGCCUCUCAUAACUGUGUCCAACUCAAAGAUCCUCCUGGUCCUGUUCUACCCCAUCAACUCCUGUGCCAACCCCUUCCUUUAUGUCAUCUUUACCAAGACCUUCCGCAGGGAUUUCUUCAUUCUAUUGAGCAAGUUUGGCUGCUGUGAAAUGCAAGCCCAGAUUUAUAAAACAGAAAUUUCACCCACUGCCCACAACUCCCAUCCAAGGAAUGGCCACUGCCCUCCAGCUCCCAGGUUCCUCGACGGUUCCAGUUAA